ACAGCGGUGUUCUCUCGCGCUGUGAAAACACUAAAAACUGCAGCAUCUGCUGCUCUGAUUUGUGUUUGAGCAUUUACUCUACAAAGCAGGACGAAUGUUUUUAGUUGCAAUGCACGCACGAAUGGAAAGCACGUUUCUUUUCACAUUUUUGACUACUUUUUGCGGCUCAUCAUACGGGACGUGGAAGACCAGUUUUCAUGUGAAUCAUGAGAACAAGGUUGAAAAGACAUCUUCAUCCUCUCAGCCUCACAUUGUUUUUAUUAUGGUCGAUGACCAGGGAUUUCGAGACGUGGGCUAUCAUGGGUCCGAAAUAAAGACUCCAACUCUGGACAGACUCGCCGCCACUGGAGUGAAACUGGAGAAUUACUACGUGCAACCUCUGUGUAGUCCCUCAAGGAGCCAACUGAUGACUGGCAGAUAUCAGAUCCACACUGGCCUCCAGCACUCCAUCAUCCGACCCACCCAACCCAACUGCCUCCCUCUUGAGAACAUCACUCUUCCACAGAAGCUGAAAAAUGCUGGAUACUCCACUCAUAUGGUGGGAAAGUGGCACCUUGGUUUCUAUAAGCGUGGCUGUAUGCCCACGCAGCGGGGCUUUGACACCUUCUUUGGCUCUUUGUUGGGUAGCGGUGACUACUACACCCAUUACAAGUGUGACAGUCCAGGAAUGUGUGGAUAUGACCUUCAUGAAGGUGAAGAAGCCGCUUGGGAGCAGGACCAUGGGAUCUAUUCCACCAUCAUGUACACACAGAAGGCUGUGAAUAUCCUGGCAUCUCAUAAUCCUAAACAUCCCAUCUUCCUUUACUUGGCCUACCAGGCUGUUCACUCACCCCUGCAGGUUCCUGCCCGCUACCUCGAGCGCUAUAAGUCCAUCCCAAACUUGCAUCGCCGCAAGUACGCUGCCAUGGUCAGCUGUUUGGACGAUGCGGUACGCAAUGUAACUCUUGCUCUCAAGCACUAUGGAUAUUAUGACAACACAGUUCUUGUUUACUCCUCAGACAAUGGUGGUCAACCAAUGGCAGGAGGCAGCAAUUGGCCAUUGAGAGGGAGUAAAGGAUCUUACUGGGAAGGAGGUAUACGAGCCGUUGGGUUUGUGCAUAGCCCAUUACUGGUCAAGAAAGGUACCAGUAGCCGAGCUCUAAUCCAUAUCACGGACUGGUAUCCAACACUGGUCAUGCUUGGUGAAGGUACGCUGGACGAAAACCAGAGUCUGGAUGGUUACGAUGUCUGGGAAGCCAUCAGUGAGGGGCGUCCCUCGCCUCGACUGGAUAUUCUCCACAACAUUGACCCCAUCUACACCAGAGCCAAGAAUGGAUCCUGGAAGGCAGGCUAUGGAAUCUGGAAUACGGCCAUCCAGGCAGCUCUCCGGGUGGGGGACUGGAAGCUCUUGACGGGGGUGCCUGGAUACAGCGACUGGAUUCCGCCCCAGACGUUUACAACAUUGUUAUUGGCCAACCGUUGGCACAAAGAGCGAGUAAGCUUGCAUCGGGGCAAGUCUAUAUGGCUGUUCAACAUUACGGCUGAUCCAUACGAGCGAGUGGACCUGUCUCAACGCUACCCACAUGUGGUGAAGAAGAUGCUGUUCAGGCUUCUGCAGUACAACAAGACAGCCGUGCCAUGCCGUUACCCUCCCAAAGACUAUAGCUCCAAUCCUCAGUACAAUGGGGGGGUCUGGGGACCCUGGCACAUGGAUGUUGAUGAUGAUGAUGAUGAUGAUGAUGAAGAUGAUAAUCUUCUCUCAUAUGAUUUUGUCAAGAUGAAGAGUUUGAAGAAAGCAAAACGAAGAGGCAAACUGAAAAGAAAGAUCUAAGGUGUGACCUCCAUUUGGACCUUUUGGGAACUCAGGGAUGAAGUCUUGAACUUUUGUGAAUUUUUGAGUCUUUUUCACUGAAGUGUUGAACCUGAUCUCAUAAAAAAAUAGUUUUUUUUUUUUCAUGUUGAUAUCAAAAUGAUAUUAUGCGGCUUCUUGCACGUAUUGCACACUACUUCCAAGGUGAAAUGUCCACUGGGUGGUGCUAUGAGCUUGUUCAAUUUUCUCCAAAACUGAUCAGGUUUUUAAGGUUUAACCUAACGAACAAUGUUGGGGAGUAACUGAAUACAUGUAAUGGGAUUACGUAUUUAACAUACUAAAUAUAAGUAACUGUAUUCCACUACAGUUACAAUUUAAAUCAUUGGUAACUAGAAUACAGUUACAUUCAAAAAGUAUUUAGAUUACUGAUUACUUUGCAUUUUAUUGUCAUUUGUUUCAUUUAAUAUUUAGUCCUUUCAGAUAGAAAACCUUUAAACAUAUAAAUGAUGCGAUCCAAAGUGCAUUUGAACAGCGGUGAAACACUUUCUUACGAUGUGUUACAUUCAUACGAGCAGACAGAGAAGUACGUUUGAAGUAAGUUUGGCGCAGAAGAAAUAGAAAUAAACCUGUAAAUUGUUAGCUUUACGCUAAGCUAAAAUGCUAUUUCUAGCCAUUUUACAUGCACAUGUUACCAGACACGAUAAUAUUUUUUUUAUCAAGAAAAUUCAUGCUAGAUCAUAAUUUCAAAGACCUUUGAUAAUAGGGUUAAAAAUCGUAUUCUUGAUCAUUUUUGUAUUGUUUUCCUGUAAAAAUUCAAUCAAUUUGAUUGAUCUUGUUUUAGAAGCAACACUGCAUAAGAUAUUUCGGUUUUUCAGAGAAUGUAUUUUUAACGUGCAUUUUGUCUUACUGCACUGACAGAGUUUUUAUAGUCAAAACAAGUGGAAAAAAUCUACCAGUGCUGAAGAAGUAAUCCAAAGUAUUUAGAAUACAUUACUGACCUCGAGUAAUCUAACGGAAUACACUACAAAUUACAUUCCACAGCAUGUAUUCUGUAAUCUGUAGUGGAAUACAUUUCAAAAGUAACUCUCCCAACGCUGCAAACCGAUAGUGUCAUAAAAGGCAAAUGUGAGAUGAAAACACAAUUUUUUAAGCAACCACAUAAUUUAGUGGUUCUUCUGUGCCACUUCUGGCUCAUGUGUUGACUGUGUUGACAUGCUCUCCAGGACUCGUAUCUCGGUCCUUUGCAUUGCAAGUGCAAUGCUCUUUUGGUUUAGGUAUCGUGCGAUUUGACCAUGUUCAAACAUGUUUGUAAAUGUAGAUGGUUAUGUAAUGCAAAUGUACAGUUGAAGUUAGAAGUUUACAUAAUAGUGUAUAUAUAUAUAUAUAUUUAAUCACAUUUCCAGUGGGUCAGAAGUUUACAUACACUUUGUUAGUAUUUGGUAGCGUUGCCUUUAAAUUGUUUAACUUGGGUCAAAUAUUUUGGGUAUCCUUAGACAAGGUUCUCACAAUAAGUUGCUGGAGUUUUGUCCCAUUCCUCCAGACAGAACUUGUUUGUUGGCCUCCUUACUUUCAGUUCUGCCCACAAUUUUCUCUCGGAUUGAGGUCAGGGCUUUGUGAUGACCACUCCAAUACCUUGACUUUGUUCUCCUUAAGCCAUUUUGCCACAACUUUGCAGGUAUGCUUGGGGUCAUUGUCCAUUUGGGAAGACGCAUUUGCGACCGAGCUUUAACUUCCUGACUGAUGUCUUGGGAUGUUGCUUCAAUAUAUCCACAUCAUGUUCCUUCCUCAUGAUGCCAUCUAAUUAGUGAAGUGCACCAGUCUCUCCUGCAGCACCCCCACAACAUGAUGCUGCCACCCCCAUGCUUCAUGUUUGGGAUGGUGUUAUGCGGCUUGCAAGCCUCACCCUUUUUCCUCCAAACAUAUCGAUGGUCGUUAUGGCUAAACGGUUACAUUUUUGUUUCAUCAGACCCGAGGGAAUCUUUGUCCCCAUGUGCUCUUGCAAACUGUAGUCUGGCGUUUUUAUGGUGGUUUUGGAGCAGUGGCUUCUUCCUUGCUGAGCAGCCUUUCAGGUUAUGUUGAUAUAGGACUUGUUUUGCUGUGGAUAUAGAUACUCGUCCACCUGCUUCCUCCAGCAUCUUCACAAGCUCCUUUGCUGUUGUUCUGGGAUUAAUUUGCACUUUUUGCACCAAACUACGUUCAUCUCUAGGAGACAGAAUGAAUCUCCUUCCUGAGCGGUGUGAUGGCCGUGUGGUCACAUGGUGUUUAUACUUGAAUAUGGUACCUUCAGGCUGUUGGAAAUUGCUCCCAAAUAUGAACUUGUGGAGGUCCAAAAAAUUAAAGACACAGUUAACUUAGUGUAUGUAAACUUCAGACCCACUGGAAUUGUGAUACAGUCAAUUAAAAGUGAAACAAUCGGUCUGUAAACAAUUGCUGGAAAAAUGACUAAAAGUAGUAAUUGCCCAAACUAUAGUUUGCUAAUAUUAAAUCUGUGGAGUUGUUAGAAGAUGAGAUUUAAUGACUUCAAACUAAGUGUAUGUCAACUUCUUCCAGGUGGAUCUAUAGUCAUCCACUAGAGAAACAGGGUCAAAAGUACAGUACAUGUUAAUGAACUGAUAAUCUGCUGUUUUACUCGUGGUUUGUGUGAAAGGAAAUAAACGUGAUAGUUGUUUUAGCACCUCUAGUGUUCAUUUCACCAGGAAACUGCCACGAUACUUACAACAAGCCAUGAAAAAUCAUUUAGCAAAAAUGUUGAUAUUGUAACGUGUUUCUUAGACGAAUCGGAUGGCUUUACCUGCAGUUUCAUAAGAGCAAAAAGGUGAAGUGUGUACUUUUUUAUCAAUGUUCAAGCACCAUCGCGAUUUAAUAUGCUGUUACAUCUGUGAAGCCUUUCGAAGGUUUACUUCCUGAAAAAAGUGAAAGCACUGUGACCCUGUGGUGCUUACAAAGCAUUUCUGUUGAGCGGUUGUUUAAGCGGUUUGACAUGCCAUCUUCUGGCUUCAUUAGUGACUUGGACAGGACUACCUGUUUGGCUGAACAAUGGAAGAAGGGAGGUUGUUUGGGAAGUCUUUUGGUGCCAUUAGUGGUGCAGAAAUCACACAUGCUGAUGAGGAAAAUCACUUGAAUUACUACUGGUAUUCCUACAGCUUGAACUUUUUAACAAGGUUUUUGGGUUGCAUUGGAAGAUGAAAUUGGACUUUGCUGAUGGUGCUAUAUUAAAAUUAUCAUUUUUGUGAUCUUAGUUUUUAGGAAGUCAUCAUGUCUUUUGACUGGUCUGGCACCAGUUGAAUGAAACUUGAAUGUAAGACCAAUACACUUCUUCUACAAACUCUUUUCGUAAUUCUUAUUUUCACGCUAUCCAAAGCGACUUACAGAGCCCUUAUUACAGGGCCAAUCCCCCCCCGGAGCAACCUGGAGUUAAGUGCCUUGCUCAAGGACACAAUGGUGGUGGCUGUGGGGAUCGAACCAGCGACCUUCUGAUUAACAGUUAUGUGCUUUAGCCCACUAUGCCGCCACCACUCAUCACUCGAUUACAUAGAGGUGUGUAUUC